CAUCUGCAUUUCGUGGCUGCAGGCUGGAGUGAGAUUCACAAAAUUCUCGAAAAAUUGGGUGCACUCACGCUUUUCAAAAGUGAUUGACAUAACCCAACUGGAUUCCACUCAACAACGACCCAUAUUAUAGGUUUUAAAUGUGUGGUAGGUAAUGUCUGGAGGAAGGUUACCGCCGAGUCAUAAUGCGUUCUCGGUUGGUCAACAGCAACCAUACCUCAACCACGGUGGUGUAAAUAGUUUUGAGUCUUCGCAAAAUCAUGGAGAAUUUGUGCAACCAGAUAAAAAAGGAGUAAGUCAGGAAUCUCAACACACGUCUAUUGUCAAUAAUCAGACUCAGAGUGUUUCCCAAGACAUGAACCCGGCUUCGAAAGGUUACCAAGCUCAGUACCCAGGCCAAUGGCCUACAUCUCUAUCACCAGGCCAUAAUCAAUACAGAACCAACCCUCCAAUGGUUAAUAACAUGGUUGGCGCAUCACCACAUUCUUUGAAUAAUUCUCAUGAAUCCUCAUCAGCAUUGCCACCCAACAGAAGUCCAAUGAAUCUGCAAACUGGGCAAUCUGGAAAUCACUCUCCAUCUCCUAAUGCCAUUGCUAAUGGUCCUGUCUCAGGAGUUGGCCCCCCUAUUGGAAGUUCCUCUUCACAACCUAGAAUGGGACAAGCUGUACCAAAUCUUAGUGCACCCACCCAUGGACAGUCCACCCCACCUUCAGGAUCUGCUUUAGCAAAUGGACCCUCCCUAAAUUCCAAUUCUCAGCAGCAAACUGUAAUUAACAAUACUCAUGGAAUGCCACAAACUGGUUCUGCUUUCACUCCAGUUACCUCCCAUUCAGGGCAAUCAUCACUGUAUCAAAAUUCAUCCUCUAUGCCACCCCUCCCAAGUCAGUCACGGACUGGGUUGCCUGUACACGGACAGUCAAAUACCCCACCCCAGAUGCUCCAAGUUGGACAGAACACAAAUUACAGUGGACAAGCUCAAGGUUUUCCAUCUGGUUUAUCUCCAACCAUAGGCCAACCAGGUUCUCAGCCAUUGUCAGCUCUUCAUUCCAAUAAACCAAAGAGACCUACAAUGCCAAUGACCACAGGACCUGGUCAUCCAGGGCAGGGUGGGAGCCCAUUGCAGAGAUCAACACCUCCUCCUUCAGCUGGUUUUCCAGGGUCAACAAUGGGGCAGCAGAUGAUGCCACCCCCUCCAACAGGUCCAGGGGGUGCGACACCAGGUCAGAGUCUAACCCCACCCCCUCCAUCAAUGUCUCCAGGAUCAGCUAUGCCACAAACUGGUUUUAACAGUCCACCAACAGGAUAUUCUCCCACUGGACAGGACUCUCAGGCUGGGAGACCCAUUUCUUCGAGGAGGAGGAUGUACCCUUCUCAGCCAAUGCAACCUCCAAUGCCUGGGCCAGGUGGAAUGAUGAAUGCUCCUGGCCAGAUGAACCAACCCUAUCCAGGUCAAAUGUCUCCUAUGGCUCAACAACCACCUGUUAGUGGUAAUACACAACAGUUUCCAUCUUCUGGCCUGGAAGGUCCAAUGGGAAGACUAACUGUGCAGCAAUCUUCAGCUUGUCAACCCAUUAAUCUUUUAGAACAAAGGCAUGUUCUUCCCCAAACACCCAUUGAGCAGCCAACCCCUAAUUUACCUGGAGACCUACGGAAAAGGAACUGUGAUCCAAGUGUGUUGUGUUGCACUGUUAAUGCUGUUCCAGAAACCAAGAGUCUGUUGACAAAAUCUAAGCUCCCACUAGGAAUUCACCUUCACCCUUUUAAAGAUUUACAGAACCUUCCAGUUAUUCAUUCUUCUGUCAUUACAAGAUGUCGUUCCUGUAGAACAUAUAUCAAUCCUUUUGUAACCUUUACUGACUCUAGAAGGUGGAGAUGCCCAAUGUGUUUCAGAGUAAAUGAAGUUCCAGAGGAAUUCUGUUUUGAUCCUACAACCCGACAGUAUGGAGAUCCAUCCAAGAGACCAGAAGUGAGGAAUGCUACAGUGGAAUUUAUAGCACCAUCAGAAUAUAUGUUAAGGCCUCCACAGCCAGCAGUAUUUCUGUUUGUUAUGGAUGUCUCCUUUAAUGCAAUAGAGACAGGUUAUCUGCAUAUGGUUUGUAAAUUACUGAAAGAAAACUUAGAGAAAAUGCCAGGAGAUUUAAGAACACAGAUUGGAUUUAUAACAUUUGAUAGUACAGUUCAAUUCUACAGUUUAAAGUCAAAGCUUUCACAACCUCAGAUGAAUAUUGUUUCAGAUUUGGAAGACAUUUUCCUUCCAUCUCCUGAUGACCUUCUGGUGAAUUUGAAUGAAAGUAAAGAGCUUGUAACUCAACUGCUGGAUUCUCUUCCAACUAUGUUCAACAGCAAUCACAAUGUACACAGUGCAACAGGUGCAGCCCUACAGGCUGCUCUCAAAUUAGUGGGCCACAUAGGAGGUCGUGUGACACUUUUUCAGACAACGUUGCCGAACAUUGGCCCAGGACAAUUGAAGAAGAGAGAGGAUGGACAGAAAUCUUCUCCAAAGGAUGUCCAGAAUUUAACACCAGCUACAGAUUUUUACAAGAAGUUUGCACUGGACUGUGCAGCUGAACAAGUUGCUGUUGAUCUGUUCUUGCUUUCAGGACAGUAUGCUGAUAUUGCUACCUUAAUGUGUGCGUCAAAGUACUCUGGAGGAUCCGUCAUGUAUUAUCCUGACUUUCACGCGUCAAGGAACCCUGCUGCAGCAGAAAAAUUUGAAAACGAAUUUGUGCGUUAUCUAACAAGGAAGAUUGGAUUUGAGGCCGUUAUGAGAGUGCGUUGCACAAAAGGGCUUUCAAUCCACACCUUCCAUGGAAAUUUCUUUGUACGCUCCACGGACUUAGUUUCUUUGCCGAACGUGAGUCCUGACAGUGGCUUUAGCAUGCAGAUUGACAUUGAAGACUCGCUGACAGACUCCAAUCUGGCUGUGUUUCAGUCUGCUCUUCUCUAUACAAGCACCAAAGGUGAACGGCGCAUCAGAGUACACACUCUUGCUUUGCCGAUCACAAACAAGUUGGCUGAUCUGUACGCCACUGCUGACGUACAAGCCAUUGCCACCCUGCUUGCCAAAAUGGCUGUCGAUAGGACACUGACUUCAUCCUUAGGGGAUGCUAGAGAGGCUUUGUUGAACGCGUGUAUUGACACUCUUAGCGUUUACCGUUCCUCGGUAGCGAAUCAACCACAGAGUAGCGGACUGAUAGCGCCCUAUUCUCUGAGAUUACUUCCGCUCUUUAUCUUGGCUAUCAUGAAACACAUGGCGUUUCGUCUUGGCUCGACCUCUCGUUUGGACGAGCGGUGUUUUUCCAUGCAGCAGCUUAAAGUUAUGCCCCUCAAUUUGGUCAUGUUAUCUAUAUAUCCAAAAAUGUAUCCGAUACACGAAUUGUCGGAUGAGGGUGCUUUCCAGACUAAAUCUGGCCUGGUUGCUAAGCCUCCAAUUUAUCACCUGUCGGGCGAAAAGCUUACCAGAAAAGGAAUAUUUCUUCUGGACGCUGGUCAUGCUUUUUACUUUUGGGUCGGACGAGAUGCCCCUAUUGAUGUCAUCCAAGCUAUAUUCAAUGUACCAAACUAUGGCAGCAUUCCAGAGAAUAUGGGAUCGCUGCCGGCGCUGGAAAAUCCUCAGUCAGAGAGAGUGAGAACAUUUUUAGAUUAUCUACAGGCACAGCGAUCCUGCCAUGCAAACAUCUUUGUUUUAAAGGAAGACGGUCGAAUGAGGGGGCUAUUCCUCCAGAAUCUUGUGGACGAUCGUUCGGAAUCGGUUAUGUCUUACUACGAGUUCCUCGUCCAUAUUCAAAAGCAGAUUUCAAAGUGAGCUUAUUUCUUGGUGACAGUGGACUCGGAAAACGUAAAAACAGAGAGACACAAGACAAAAUCCCACAAAAAGCGGAAGAAUUCGGGAAAUUCCGUGAAAAUUAAUGGUCUGUUAGCUUGAACACUGAAAUCAUAUAUUGAAGCGUUACUACUCAUGAAAAGUUAUUACAGAGGAGUCAUAACGGGACUUGUGCCGUAAUUCGCUUGACAAGUGAAUGAGAAGACAACACAUAAUGUAUCAGUCCCACAGUCAUUGGAAUCAUAACCUUCGGGGGUCCGUGUGAUUCAAGCGUUGCCCCCCCCCCCCUCCCUCACUGCAUAACUGGUUUCCCAUUACCCGAAGAAAUAAACUACGCAGGCAGACGGGUGAAAGAAGGGCAAUUUAAGGGAAAAUCUGGGGAAAAAACUUCCUGGGUGUUACAAGCAGGUGCAGCUUGUUAUUUUCCAGAGAAUUCAAUGGGAAACUUUGUUUUGGUAGAGAUUAUAUAAUUUAGAAAAUUUACGGUUUUUUAUGAAUAAAUGUUGGAGCACUGCCAUGAAUGAACUUAAAUUUUCUGAAGGCUCUAUUUAAUUUUUCAUAUGAUUUAAAAGCUAUUAUAUUUUGCACGGUUUUUCAGUUAUUCACACAAUUUUUUCUGUUCAAAAGUAUUCCCCUUGUGAAUAAUUGUAAGUUUGCCUCACACAACUAAAAGCUAGAACUUAAUAGGCUUCGAGGUAUUUUCGAUCUCUGUUCGUUUUGCCAUACCGACGAGUAAACGAACUGAUCAACUCCCAAAUUGCGAAGAAAGGUUCCACAGGUAGUUGUUAUCUGGUGAGAAAUUAGAGUCUCGAAACCAAAUUUUCUUAAAAUCUCUUAUAAAAAUAUUAUUAUGAGCUACGGAUUUUGUUCUUGGAACAAAAGGGACUAGCUCCUUAUUCUUUGAGAAAGAUUACAGGCAAUAUUUGAUCUCGCUUUCAUUAAACUGCACUUCACCAUUGAAGAAGUAGAUUAAAUCUUACGGCUGUUUUAUAUGUGGUUGAUAAAUAAAACUGUUCUGUUUCUGUAA